CAGUUUUUCGCAAACAAGAUCCAUAUUAUAACCACCACACCACCAGCUGGCCCUCUCCAGCUCUUUUCAUCCUGACCAACACCUACCUGAUUGUAGCCUCAGCAAAGAACUCACCCUGCCGUGUGUAGGAGCCAUCUCUCCUCUUUCCAGAAUGGGCUGAAGUCGGCUCUGGUGCGUAAGGCUGCCGGCUGAGAACUCUGAGAGGCAGGCACACCCUUGAAUCUGCAAUGGCUCUGUUUGGCAGCCUCAAGGAUCUGAACGUUCAAGUCACGCUUGCUGCAACAGCCUGGAUGUUUUCUUUAGUCUCCAGUUAUUCAUAUACAGCAAAUACUUUGCCAGAUAUUGAAAAUGAAGAUUUCAUCAAGGACUGUGUUUGGAUUCAUAACAAGUUGCGAUCUGAGGUAUAUCCAACGGCCAGUGAUAUGCUAUACAUGACUUGGGACCCAGAGCUAUCCCGAAUUUCAAAAGCAUGGGCAAAAAAUUGUAAGUUUGGACAUAAUCCGCGACUGGGCCCACCCCACAAGCUGCACCCGAACUUCACUUCCCUGGGAGAAAACAUCUGGACAGGGUCUCUGUCCUUGUUUUCCGUGUCUUCAGCCAUCAUAAAUUGGUACAAAGAAAUCCAGUACUAUGACUUCAGGACACGGAGAUGCAAUAAAGUCUGUGGCCAUUACACUCAGGUUGUUUGGGCACAAAGUUACAAAGUUGGCUGUGCAGUACAAUUUUGCCCUAGAGUUGAUGGCUUUGAAAGUCUUUCCAAUGGAGCACAUUUCGUAUGCAACUAUGGACCAGCGGGAAAUUACCCAACGUGGCCAUAUAAGAAAGGGUCUACUUGCAGCGCCUGUCACAAUAAAGACACUUGUUUGGACAACCUCUGCGUUAACCCACAGAGAGACAAAGUCACACGUUACUACUCUGUUGGGUAUCCAGGCUGGCCCAUAUAUUCACGGAACAGAUAUACAUCUCUCUUUCUCAUUGCUAGGUCUAUAAUUCUGUUAUUAUCUGUUAUAAUUACCAUUUUGGUGAAGUGUAAAUACCCUAAUUUAGCUCUUUUAGAUGAAUAAAACCUAGAAGAGAAAAAAAUUCUUUUGUAUAUGGCUUUUAUAAAAAAAUAAAGUAACAAUUAAAUAUAUUUAUAAUUUUUAAAACCAAUUUCAGGUGUGAAAAAAAGUUGUUGUAGUCAACCCUUACUCAAAAGAAACUACUCACCUUCCUAACUCCAUUGGAUAAACUCAUCUUUAGUUUCCACUUUUCUAUGAGUAAGCAAUGUUUUCAGUUGCCAUGGCUGGACUUUCAGUAAGUAACCUAGCUCCUGUGUUUCAGUUUCCAAAUCUAUAAAUUAAGUGAGCUAGAUUUAGGUGAUUCAAAGUUAACUCCAGUAGCCCUCAUUAGUUGCAAACAUCAUCACCACUCCUCAUUUGCCCUGCUUUUCUCCCAACUUGAUGUCUCUCCUGUAUCAUCUUCUCCAAACUCCAGACUAGAACAGUAACUAAGGGAUGAGGUUUCAUGAUUUUCUACUUAUGUAUUGUUUAAUCUUAGAACAAAAUUAUAGAGGUAAGUCUAAUUUACUUAUUAUCACCGAGAAAGAGAGAACACUGAAAAAUAUGCAUUUAUUUUCCUCAAAACCAAAUGCUAAAACAUAUUUAAAGACUAAUAAAUGGCAUCAGACAUUGGAUUUAACAGGUAACAGUCACACUGUAAAAAUCUACAUAUAAAAAAAUCUAAAAAAUCACUCCUAAAUUCAUGCUAGGGCAAAAAUCUAUCUAGAACCGAUUAGCUGUAAUUAAUGUACACAAGGUGUAAUUUGUACACAGAGAUUUCUGUGUACAAAUUUGUAUUUUUUUUUCAAAAAAAAUAAAAUACAAUAAUUUAUAAAGAACACUGCUCUAUGAACAACAACAACAACAAAAAAAAAAACAGAAGAAAGUAAUAAAGAGUAUUAUUACUCAUGAGUAAGGAAGGCAAUUAAUGCCCUGAUGUCUCAAAAUCCUUUACAAAAGGAGAUAGCUUCAUAUAUUCUAAUUUAGAGGGUUUUGUAUAUUACUUUUUUUUCUUCUUUUUCUUUUCAUCUGCUUCCAUCUUAAGC